AAGGAACAUCUCACUUAAAUUUUUUAAGUAAUGAGUGCUGAAAAUUUACCUGCUUUACCAAUACUAUUCUUAAUUUUGGGUGGCCAGGGUGUAAAACUUUUUAAACAGAAGUGUGAACAUUGACUUUACAACUGACCUUCAGCAAAGACAAUGUUCAGUUUUUUUAAAUUAUUUUUUAGGGAACACCUGGCACUUACUUGACAUCUCAUAAUCAGGCUUCUUAUACUCAAGAAACAGCUAAGCCCUCAGUGGGGUCUAUCUCUCUUGGACUGCCACGGCAGCAGGAAUCUACCAAAUCAGCUACUUUGCCUUAUAUCAAGCAGGAAGAAUUUUCUCCCCGAAGCCAAAACUCACAGCCUGAGGGUUUAUUAGUCAGGGCCCAACAUGAAGGUGUGGUCAGAGGUACCACAGGAGCCAUCCAAGAAGGAAGUAUAACUCGGGGAACUCCAACCAGCAAAAUUUCAGUGGAGAGCAUACCAUCCCUACGGGGCUCUAUCACUCAGGGGACCCCAGCUCUCCCCCAGGCUGGUAUACCAACUGAUGCUUUGGUGAAGGGAUCCAUUUCCAGGAUGCCCAUUGAAGAGAGUAGUCCUGAGAAAGGCAGAGAGGAAGCUGCAUCCAAAGGCCAUGUUAUUUAUGAAGGCAAAAGUGGACAUAUCUUAUCAUAUGAUAAUAUUAAGAAUGUCCGAGAAGGGACCAGGAGUCCAAGAACAGCUCAUGAAAUCAGUUUAAAACGAAGCUAUGAAUCAGUGGAAGGAAAUAUGAAGCAAGGAAUGUCAAUGAGGGACUCUCCUGUGUCAGCACCAUUAGAGGGGCUGAUAUGCCGAGCAUUACCCAGAGGAAGCCCUCAUUCUGACCUCAAAGAAAGAACUGUGCUCUCUGGCUCCAUAAUGCAGGGCACACCAAGAGCAACACCUGAAAGCUUUGAAGAUGGCCUUAAAUAUCCUAAACAGAUUAAAAGAGAAAGUCCUCCCAUCCGAGCAUUUGAAGGUGCCAUUACCAAAGGAAAACCAUAUGAUGGCAUCACCACCAUCAAAGAAAUGGGCCGUUCCAUCCAUGAAAUCCCACGGCAAGAUAUUUUAACUCAGGAAAGCCGAAAAACUCCAGAAGUGGUACAGAACACAAGGCCAAUAAUUGAAGGUUCCAUUUCCCAGGGCACACCAAUAAAGUAUGACAGCAACUCAGGUCAAUCUGCCAUCAAACACAAUGUCAAAUCCUUGAUCACUGGGCCUAGCAAACUACCCCGUGGAAUGCCUCCACUGGAAAUUGUAGCAGAGAACAUAAAAGUGGUAGAACGGGGAAAAUAUGAGGACAUGAAAGCAGGCGAGCCAGUGCGUUCCCGGCACACAUCGGUGGUGAGCUCUGGCCCCUCCGUUCUCAGGUCUACACUUCAUGAAGCUCCCAAAGCACAGCUGAGUCCAGGAAUUUAUGAUGACUCCAGUGCUCGCAGGACUCCUGUGAGUUAUCAAAACACCAUAUCUAGAGGCUCACCCAUGAUGAACAGAACUUCUGAUGGUAUGUUACUUUUGUUGCCUGGUAUGAUCAUUUUUACUAUACUUUCUCACCUUUGGCAAAUAGGAAAUAAUCAGAUAGGUAGCUUUAUAGAUUAUCACAAGAUCUUGAGACUGUGCAUGAAACUAGGGCCAUAGAGUGUACAAAAUUAGCCAUAAUUUUAGGCAAAGUACCUAACUGUUUAAAUUCAGCACAGGUAUGAUGUCUAGAAAUGCCCAGCGUAAGCAUAUUUUUUUUUAAUGGAUUUUUAGCCUAUCAUGUAAGGUUUUCUGAAAGUCCGUUUUGGCACUUGUUUCUCCAGGUGGUAGAUGAAAGUUUAGGCUCUAGAGCAAAACUUCUUAGGCUUGAAUUAAACUUACACAAGUUACUUUUCUGUGCCUUGGUUUCCUCAUCUAUAAAAUGGUAACGUACUACUAAGACCUACCUGGAUUCUAGUAAAAUAAAAUGAGAUAGUGCACUAGCUGGGCAUGUUGCCACCUGUAAUAAUAGCCAGCGCUUGGGAGGCUGAGGCAGGAGGAUCAUGGGUUUAAGGCCAGACUGGGCUACAUAGUGAAACCCUGUCUCAAAGAUGAUUUAGCGCACUUAAGGAACUUACCAUAGAUUCUAGCAUAUACCACUCAAUAAUUAUCAACUCUUAUCAUCAUCACAACCCCAUGUUGCUGUGAACUACAUCAUCACUAAGGUGAGAGGGCUUAAUUUUUUUUUUAAACUAGGUGGUCCCUGAAAUAGUCAAAGACCCUUAAAAAUUCAUCUUAUUUUUAAUUUCAUUAUAAUACAUAUUAUAUUGAGGGGUCAACAGGUGAGGUCCUGGGCUGGUAGGUGAAUUGUAAAGGUGAAAAAGGGAAGAGAGGAGUAACACGGGGAGGAAGGAAGGGUGUGCUCAGUUUGGGUAUGGGUAGGGGUAUGAAUCCAAAUCUGUUUGCUCUAGUUUGGACUGAGAAUUGCCCUCCAGUAGGAAAAGGCAACCACAAUUGAACAAAUUGGGCUUUGAAGGGAAUCUGA